AUGUCUGCAUUCGUGCUCGAAAAUGUGCCCGGUGUUUCGUCGGCCGGUGUCAAACUGCAGGCAUCAUCACAGGCACCUUGCAAUUCGGCGACAUCAAUGCGGAUCUCGGAGGCUUCGCGGAGUUCGCUCCUCGCAGGUGCGGCGGCGGCAGUUGCUGGCUGGGUUGGCAGGAGCCGCAAUGUGAGGGACGCGAAAGGCGUGCGGCCCGCACGUGCGGUGACCGCAGUGGCACGCCACGCCGGCACAGAGCUGGAUGAAUAUGGCCCCUGGUCCUUCGUGAAGCUCGUGAACGGAGAUUCGGAGGCCACGGUGUACCUGCGUGGUGCCCACGUGACCUCCUUCAAAGUGGCUGGAGUAGAGUGGAUUGGGAUGCGGGCAGACUGCAAGCUGGAUGGAACAAAGCAAAACAUCAGCGGAGGCAUCCCGAUCUGUUUCCCACAGUUCGGGCCUGGCGAGGUCAUUGUGCAGCACGGUUUUGCCAGGAACAUGGACUGGAAGUUCCUGGCCGAAGAGAGCAGCGAUGGCGUUUGUGUUCUAGAACUUACUGAGACGGAAGAGACGAAGAAGGUGUGGCCUCACGAGUUCCGUUGCAAGUUCAAGGUCGAACUGAAAGACGGUGAGCUGGAUACGAGCCUCAAAGUCGAGAACUUGUCCAAGUCCGACUGUGAAUUCUCGUGUGGACUGCACAGCUACUGGAACGUUUCCGACAUCGAUGCCUUGAUCGUGAAGGGCGACUUCAACGGUUGCAUGAAAACUGAUCGCACGGCAGAUCCGCCUACGCCGUUCGAGUACAAGCAGGAUGAAAUUACCAUCAACUCCUUCGCGGACGAGAUGUAUGGCAAGGUCCUUCCUGGCACCGUGGUUCUGGAAGAUCCGGGAAAAGGCGAGCUUCAGAUCAAGAGCGGCGGUGGGUGGAAGGAUGUUGUUGUUUGGAAUCCAUACGGUGAUGACAAGGUGGGCUACAAGACGUUUGUCUGCGUUGAGAGCGUGGAAACCGAGACGGUCUCGCUAGCCGCAGGCAAAGCCUGGGAGGCGACCAUGGACUUGGUGCCGAGAAACAAAUAG